UCGUUUCUGAAAGAUGGUGUACGUGUCCAACGGUCAGGUCCUGGACAGCAGGGCCCAGUCCACAUGGAACCUGUCUUUCCUGGUUGAUCUUUUCUGGGAUGCAGUGGAGUUUAUUGGUCUCUUUUUUAAGACACUAAUUCACCCUGACCUGACAAAGAAUAGAAACAGUGCUAUGUCAGGCUUCAGUGAUGGCAGAGGCCCUCCAGGCCCCCCUGAUGGUAGAAGGCGGAUGGGAAGAAUAAGUCAUGCUGCAGGUCCCAGCCCUCCACCAAUGGGUGGUGGAGGAUGAGGAAGGUAAACGCCUACACUAGCUUUGUAGGCGCUGGGUUUUGCAGAGCCUGUUUCCUGACAACGUCUGUUAAAGCCCCUCUUCAUCAGCUGCCACUGUUACUAACAGUUUUUUGAGACCUUUCUGGGAAUACCUACACAUAGGGGCCAGAAUGGUUGAUACAGCAGCUGUCUGCAUCCCCCUCCACACACCUUUUUUUUUUUUUUUUUUGCUUCUGCUUUUGCACUUGAGUGAUUUCAGACUCAGAAAUAUCUUCCAACAUUCUGGUUAGUCUUAGCUCCUUGGAGUCUUCACUUGGUUUGUAUUUGUGUCAUUCAGUUUAAAUAAAACUAUUAAGUUUAAUUUGUCUUUUUACUGUUCUGACUAUAUUUUAGCUUUGCUGUAUAUGGAGAAGUUACAAAUUAAGAGUUAAACGCUUGUUUCUACUCAGUUAUUUUAAUCAUAAUUCAAUGUUAAAACAAAUAUAUAAAAUGUUGGAACAAUAAUGUAGUACACGAUUUAGCUAAUUUUAUUUUUUCCUAUUAAAUAAACAGU